AUGAAUAACAGUACAAGAAAAGACUCGGGUAGCUCAAGAGGCGCAGUUGAUUUUAAUACGAGAAGCAGCACGUUUGAUUUUCAACACGAAGGAAACCGUAUUGUUGACGGUUGUGUUGAUGGAUACAAUAUUUUAGGUCAAACUGGGCCGAGGAAGACGUACACGAUGUUUGGACCACCGAAUGCUCAGAACUGCCUUCUCGACUGUCACCAUCGAGAUCUUAUGCCACACACGUGCGGGAAUUUAAACUUUGAAGGCUACCAGCAAAACUGUCGAAACGAAGUGAUCCGAAGCGUUCAGUCGCUUGGUGUCUGGGAACACAGACUAAAAACACUCCUGGUUCUUGAAAUCGGAUGGGAAGCAAGACGUACAGCUGAAACGGCAAUGAAUCGGGAGUCAUCACGAUCGCACAGUAUUCUCAUCGUGAAGACCAAUGAGCUAGUGAACGGCAUUGUAAAUAAAAAGUGUGCUACCUUAAACAUCGUGGAUUCAGUAAAUAUCAAUUUGGUAAAAAGUUGUCUUAGCUUCGCCCUAUAUCAUACACCGUACCGCGACUCCGAGUUAACCCAUAUUUUGCGAGAUUCACUAAGACCUAAUAGCAGGGAAGAAGCCAUCGUAAAUACCCACCCUGAUAAAGGUUAUUACACCUCGCUCUCAAUGUUGCAGUUUGCCGCGGCUUGUAGGAAAAUUGGAAAUCGUGUAUGUGCUAACGAGGACUUAGCGGCAGGCACAGUGAUGGCACACAAGUGCGAUAUUGCUCGUCUUCGUGAAGAAUUCCGUUCUACCCGUCCAGCUGUCCUUAUAUCACUUGUACACUUGAAUUACGAAUUUAUUUUAUACUAA